AUGGCUCCUUAUAUAUUAGAAUCCGAUGGUCUUAAUGGAUGCUUUAACGAUAUUUUACCGGACUUUGUUAUCUCUAAAGAUCAAUCUCAUAUGGUGUUCAAUAAAAAAAUUGAAAAGCAAGAUAAUGAUACUCGUUCUUAUAGAAUAGUUCGAUUAGCUAAUAAACUUGAAGCGUUGAUCAUUCAUGAUGCUAAAGCUGAGAAAGCUGCUGCCUCUAUGGAUAUUAAUGUCGGCUAUUAUUCUGAUAAGAACAUUCCAGGCCUUGCUCAUUAUUGCGCUCAUUUAUUAUUUAUGUUUUUAAAUAAACAUUAUGUGCAUUAUACCACCUAUACCGGCAGUGAAAAUACGAAUUAUGAUUUUGAAGUUGACCACGAAAAUUUAGAACCUGCUUUAGAAAGAUUUGCACAAAUUUUUAUUAGUCCGUCAUUUAAUGCUGAUUGUGCUGAAAUAGAAAUAAAUGCCGUAGAUUCUGAAUUUAAGGAAUAUCUUCAAGACGAUGUUUGGAGAUUAUUUCAAUUGCAGAAAUUUCAUUCCAAUCCAAAACAUCCAUUUUCAAAGUUUUCUGUAGGAAAUUUAAAAACAUUAAAAGGAUUACCUACAGAAAAAGGCGUUGACAUUAGAGAAGAAUUGAUUAAAUGGCACAAUAAAAAUUACUCUGCUAAUCUAAUGAAAUUAUGUGUUUUAGGAAGUAAUCCAUUAGAUAAAUUAACUGAAUGGGUGGUUAAAAAGUUUUCUGAUAUUCAAAAUAAGAAUAUCGAAUCAUUAAAACAGGUUGAAAUACCAUUAAGAAAAGGUGUAGAAUUAUGUAAACAAAUUAUAGCGAGACCUCUCAAUGAUAUUCAUAUAUUAGAAGUAUAUAUUCCUAUACCGAAUCAAAUAGAAAAUUAUAAAGCAAAGGCUGCAUCUUAUGUAAGUCAUGUCAUAGGUCAUAGAGGUGCUGAAUCAAUUUGUUCCUUUUUGAAACAACGAGGAUGGAUAACUUCUAUAAAUGUCAAAACGAUUGAAUACAGCGCUGAUUUUCAUAUGUUGAAUAUAAGGAGUGAUUUGACUGAAGACGGCUUAGGAAAUUACGAAAAUGUUUUGGAAAGCAUUUUUCAAUAUAUUGAAAUGCUUAGAAGAAAAGGUCCGCAAAAAUGGAUUUUUGAAGAAGUUAAAUCAUUGAAUGAAAUAUCAUGGCGGCGAUUUUUAGAAAAAAAAUGGGAACCAAGUGAUACUCGUUCACUAGCACGCAUGUUACAUAAGCCAUAUACGCGUGAUAGAAUAUUAAGUGGUCCAUUUAAAGAAUAUGAAUACAACCCAAAAUUGAUCAUUGAAUUACUUGAAAGUUUAAGAAUUGAAAAUUGCACUAUUAGUGUUGCAAGUAAUGAUUUUGAUAAAAAAGAAUGGUUUGACGACGAAUAUAAAUAUCAAUGUGAAACCAAAAGUGUUAAAGAUAAAGGAAAAGGUUGGUUUGGGGCCGAAUAUAGAUACGAGCCUAUUAAUGAAACAUUAAUUAAUAAACUUAAGAAGCUAGACGUUCCUUGUAAAUUCAAACUUUUUCCAUCAAAUAAGUUUAUUCCUACCAAUUUUACCGUUAAUAAAUUAAAAAGCAUAACCCCAAAAACACGUCCGGAUAUUAUUUGGGAUGAUGCCAAAUGCCGUGUUUGGUAUAAAAAAGAUGAUCGAUGGUGGAUACCCAAAGUGAAAAUAGAUUUGUCAUUUACAACACCGCUUAUAAAGCUUACGCCAGUGAAUUUGGUUAAAACUGAAUUAUAUUUUGAUUUAUUUAAUGACUCGUUCGCUGACGAAGCAUAUGAUGCAUUACUUGCUGGAAUAAAUUACAAAACCUAUGUAACAGGAGAUAUUAUAUUUGUUAAUGUAUCGGGAUAUAAUGACAAAGCAUUAAAAUUUUUAGGAUUAGUUUUAAAAAGAAUGAGAAAUUUCGUGAUCAAUCCAAAUAGAUUUAACAUAUUAAAGGAAAGGUUAAUGGAAAGUUAUAAUAAUAUGAAAUUAAAUCCACCAUUAGUAUUAUAUGAUUGUCAAUUAUUUAGAGAUUGGUAUUUUUCGGCGGAAGAAAUGUCAGCUGUAUUAAAGGAUGUCAGAAUGGAAGAGGUCAAAUCAUUUUGUACUGAAUUAUUUGGACAAUUUUAUAUGGAAACUUUUGUAUUUGGUAACAUUGAAUCAAUGUAUGCAAAAAAGAUCGUUUAUAUGGUUGAAAAUGAAUUUAAACCAAAGGUUCUUGAGAAAUCUAGAAUGGUUAAAAGUAGGGAUAUCAUUUUAACUAAAGGAAAGAAAUUUGUUUAUAGAAGAAAUAUUUUAGAUAAAUAUGAAUUAAAUAAUACUGUUAGAUACUAUUUGCAAUGUGGUGAUAAUAUGAAUAGAUACGUUGCGACUAGAUUACAAUUAAUUUCUCAAAUUUGGCAAAAACCUGUUUUUGAUUAUUUAAGUCUCGAUGGUCAAUUAGAAUGCUAUCCAAGUAGCUCAAUAGGAGAAGCGGGAUUACUAAUUAAUUUACAAAGCGUUAGAGAUCCUAUUUAUUUGGAAAAUAGAAUUGAAGCAUGUUUAAUGGAAGCACAGAAAAAGAAAAGAAUAUGUGGCAUGAAGCCAAUUUAUAUUCUAAUCAGAUUUUUAGUGGCUAUUGCGAAUUUGAUAAAAGAUGCCGAAGAAGUUAAAAAUAUUACCAAAGAUGACGUUUUGGAGUUUUAUAAAAUGUAUAUUCAUCCAAAAUCAUCACAGAUUAAAAAAUUGUCGUUACAUUUAAGAACUUUUAAAAGUGCUAACGAUAAUGUAAAUAGCUAUACAUUAUCAGAAGAUAAUAUUAUAAUUACUGAUCUCGAUGAUUUUAAAAGUAGAAUGUGUUUUGGACCUGCAGUUGUUCCUAUAGUUCCUCUAAGUACUUUUUAUGUUCAAAAUAUGCAUAAUCGAACAUAG